GAUGCCCCAUUGUGCUCUAGGUUGCUUUUAAAGAUUGUGGCAAUUGUGUGAUAGUUUGUGUUUGUUUGAUGCUGUUUGUUGCGUGGUCUUCUGUGUUUGUGUUUGUUUGAUGCUGUUUGUUGCGUGGGCGGCUGUGUUUGUUCAGGCCCAUGUAUCGCCUACCGAGAAACGGGUGAAAGGUCUUUUUUUUGUCAGUGGAAUUUUACUCAACAUUGGAAACAGUCAAUACAAACCAGAUGUGUGUUCCUCAGACGUACCCUCCUUUCCCUCCCUCUUGUUCCCCCCGACUCAAUAUCCUCCACUUCUCCCCUGCUCCCUCUUUCAUAACCUCUCCGGUGACCAGUGUCUAGAGAUGGAGCGCUCUCUUCUCCUGCUCGCCCUGUGGGCUCUUGCCAGCAUCCCAGCUUUUCUGCUCGCAGCGGAGGAGUGUCCAGAGAGGAUUCUGGGUAAUGAGAGGAUGCGCACCUGUCCAAGAAACUGCAAACAAGACAAAGACUGUGGCGCUAAGCGCCAGUGCCUGUGUGACGGUCAAUGUGGACUCAGCUGUGUGGUGCCAAGCCGUACCUGUCCCUGGCCCCUGGCCCCUGGGAAUAACUCCGAGGUCCUCCUGCUCUCGCCCACACCCUCCUUCUCUGCUCUCCUGGAGAUCCGAUGCCUCCCAGGAUACACCAUGUUCAAUGGCCUGGAUGCUGCCAUUCGUCGUUGCCAGGGUGACCGUCAGUGGAGUGGAGAUGAGCCUGUGUGCACAGCCGUCCCUUCAACACCUCCCCCUUUGGUUGAUGCUGGCCCGGUGCUGUCCUGUGAGCUGCCAGAGCCAGAUGUCAGCUUAGUCAUAGUGGAGGGAGAAGCAGCAGUAGGCGCCUCCAUACGCUAUAGUUGCCCCGCUGGAUAUGUGUUGGUUGGAAACAGUGAGAAUUUCUGUCAUUCUAACCAGACCUGGCAAGACCCUCAUCCCAUCUGUCAACGAAUGUUCUGCCCCCCUCCAGCGGAAGUAGAAAAUGGCUACCUUGUAGCAGUCCAAAGAAAGGAAUAUGAUGUAGAUGACACCAUCUAUUACCUGUGCAAGAAAACAUUCUCUCUAGAUGGGCCAAAUCGUGUCACCUGUUUGUCAAAUGGUACCUGGAGUACAAUCCCUUUUUGUCGAGCACGCUGUCCAAUUCCAGCUCAGCGUAGCAGGAUCAUAAUUGCUGGGCCUAAGCGCUGGCCGUAUGAUGUGACAGAUGGGGUCGUUCAACACGGGGAAAAUGUGACAUUUUUCUGCAAACACCCACGGAAACAGUGCAGCUACACUGCCAUGGAAACAUGCUUCGAUGGAAAGCUUCAAGCACCAAGCUGCUACAUGGAACCCACAUGGCUGCAGUACAAACUCUUCCCUCAUCGGCUUGUUUCAGAAAUUGACUCAUGUAGCCCUGCGGAUCUCAAUGACCUGUGACAUAACAAUACUCAUGGUAUUGGUUUAUAUUGCCCGACAUGUCCAGCCUGUGCAAACAGAAAAUCAAUAUGUUUACCUGCCUCUCACACUUGGGGAAAAUUACAAUGGGAUUGGGGAUGGGGGUGGGAAAAGCCCACCUAACAUAAGUUGAGAGGAUGAAUAACAUUUCUCACUGAUUUUUACACUUUUACACUGAUUUUCUGUAAUAAUAGCCUCCUCCAUAUAAAUGUAAUGUAAAAGUGUUGUUACAAAAAAUAUGUCAAUUGUUUACUCCAUUAAUGUGAUGUCUUUGAAUAUGUGUUUGUUUGGCAGUCUGAUCGCCUGUCAUCCUGUCUGACAUUGUUCUUAAACAGAAUUCGAAUUGUAUCUGUUGCAUAGGCCUACAUUUCAAUAACCUACAAUGACAACUCAAAUGCUUGAGGCUGUGUGUCAUGUGUACUUGUGGCGCAGAUUGGCCUUACACGACUCUGUUAGUCUCUAACAAUGUUUUUUGACUGGUCUAUAACCUACUUUAAGGUUUGAUGUCUUCAUAUGCCGUUACUUAUCUCACAUUAUAGCCUACACUACCAUUCAAGGUCUGUGUUACGUCUAGGACGCAUCAAGUUGGAAGCUUGAGAAUGUUGUGUAUUGAUAGAACACGUUUGCAAUAAACAACGAUGUCCAUA